UCUUACCGGCUGGGGAGGCCGGAGAAAAUCUCUUGCAGGGAAAGGAAGGAAGUUGCCCUUACCUUUCCCUGAGAAACACCCUUAGACUUAGCCUGAUGUGUGAGUGUGAGCUAUGGCACCGGUGCUAACUCGCGCUUCCUGGCCUCCUCACGCAGCGGAGGCUUUGACUAGAUUUCCCCCUCAGUGCUGCGUUGGUACCGUCCGGCCCUGUCCCGUGGGUGGCAAGAUGGCGUCCCCCAGAGCGCUCUAGGAGCGUCGCGGUUGGUGGCAGCGGCGGGAGCAGACCGGUCCGCCCAGGAUGUCCAGAAGCAAGCGUAAAAGCAGGGUGAUGUAGCUGGUACUGCUAAGAACCACCAAGCAAUAACGAUGGAAACAAAAGUGAAAAUAAUUGAGAGACUGGGGCCAGGCGAAAAGAUGGUAGAUGUCACUCGUUCUUGUAACAUGAAUCGUUCAGCCAUCAGAACAAUUCUAAAGAACAAGGACAAGAUCUUGGAACGUGUGAAAUCUGCUGUACCAACAAUGUCGACGAUAAUACCAAAGAAGCGUGGAAAAGUGAUGGAGGAGAUAGAAAAACUUCUCAAUGUUCUUGAGUCCACGAGUCCCCUGGUUUAGCCCAAGCCCAGUGGCAGCGCCAUGGUGACGGAGCAGGAGGUAGAGGGGUUGGGGCAGAGGCUGGUGGACCCCCAGAAGCCCCUGCAGGCCCGCUUCCGGGCGUUGUUCACACUGCGCGGGCUCGGGGGUCCAGCAGCCAUCUCCUGGAUCAGCCGGGCCUUCAGCGACGACUCGGCCCUGCUCAAGCACGAGCUGGCCUACUGCCUGGGUCAGAUGCAGGACUCGCGGGCCAUCCCCGUGCUGGUGGACGUGCUUCGUGACACCCGCCAGGAGCCCAUGGUGCGCCACGAGGCAGGGGAGGCCCUCGGGGCCAUUGGGAACCCAGAGGUGCUGGAGAUCCUGAAGCAGUACUCCACCGACCCUGUCAUCGAGGUGGCAGAGACGUGCCAGCUGGCCGUCCGGCGGCUGGAGUGGCUGCAGCGGCACAGCGGGGAGCCGGUGGCUCAGGGGCCCUACCUCUCCGUGGAUCCGGCCCCAUCCGCCGAGGAGCGCGACGUGGGGCGGCUGCGGGUGGCGCUGCUGGAUGAGGCCCGGCCGCUCUUUGACCGAUACCGAGCCAUGUUCGCCCUGCGCGAUGCUGGCGGGGAGGAGGCUGCCCUGGCGCUGGCCGAGGGCCUGCGCUGCGGCAGUGCCCUCUUCCGCCACGAGAUCGGCUACGUCCUGGGCCAGCUGCAGCACGAGGCGGCCGUGCCCCAGCUGGCGGCGGCCCUGGCGCGACCCACCGAGAACCCCAUGGUGCGGCACGAGUGCGCGGAGGCCCUGGGGGCCAUCGCCCGGCCCGCCUGCCUGGCCGCCCUGCGGGCCCACGCGGCAGACCCCGAGCGCGUGGUGCGGGAGAGCUGCGAGGUGGCCCUGGACAUGUACGAGUAUGAGACGGGGCCGGCCUUCCAGUACGCGGAUGGGCUGGAGCACCUGCGCCCACCCCCCUCCUAGGGCCGCGCCCGGCUGUCUCCCUCGAGGAGUGUUGGAAUGAAUUGCAUCUCGCUUCCCUGUCUCCCAGCCGCUUUCGCAUCUUGAACCCCCGAGUGGACUGCAGGCUCCCCGGGGCCAGGCUGAAGUCUCUUCUCUGCCCCUCUGAGUGCAGGGCUGCAGUGUUGGCGUGGGAGGGGUAUCUAGGGGGUCCGGGGACAGGGCUGUGCUCUGGGGGGCUGGGGUGCUGUGGUCCAGCUUCUCUAGGAAUGAGGGGGUGCAGGGAAAGGUGUUGUGGGCUAACCCGUCCCCGUCGGGCCUGGGCAGGGUCUGGGGACGUCAGAGAGCUGUCCUUGGGUUGGGCAGGUGGUCCCUGGGUGGGUUGGCCUGGGCUGGAGCUCAGGGAGGGACAAGCAGGUCCCAGGACAUUCUCCAAAUGGACUAUUAAAUUAUUUUUGCCAAGCGAUGACUCUCAGAGUGUGUUGGGGGGCCUCUGGGGUGAUGGUCGGCUGCUCUAAAAGAACAUGUCCUGGGCUUCCCUGGUGGCGCAGUGGUUGAGAG